GCAGGCAGGGAGUCAGUUUAGGCAGCAUGUAGUCUGCCACCACUGUAAUGUGUAGGCAUUCCUCAACUCAGUGUUGCUUGUGUCACACUUUUUUAGUAGCACCACCACAUCCAGAGCGGGAGUGAGCUCAAAUCAUUUAGCAUGGGUCAUCGCAACUAGCCGCAUAUCCAACACAGCUAGUGCAGAUUCCUUCCUCACCUAUUUCGAUGGGAUAUAUCUUCCGUUCAAGUUAAAUCAAGGAUGCGCUGCUGUAGAUUUGGUGUCAAGCGGACUGGAUUUUUUUCAUGACAUCAAAUGGUGCUUUCUUCAGUAGUUGACUUUUCUUGUGGAGUCAUCGGGAAUAUUUGUUGCUGUAAACUGUCAGUGGCUGUCAACACUGUAUCUUAAUAUUCAUAUCUGUGAGUACAAUGAAGUACGUUUUGGAUGGAAAUGAGUGCUGCAGCAUCAAGUCAAAUCUUUGUGGAAUAGCCUUCUUGUUAUGGGCAUUUGUUCUCAUCCCUGUUGUGAUUGGAGGAACAGGGGGCAACAGAAAAGAAGAUUUCAAACCACGGAUAACUGAACAUCCGCAGAGUGUCAUUGUGCAGAGAGGGGAACCAACCACUCUUAUGUGUAGAGCAGUUGGGCAACCUGAACCUAUGAUAACGUGGCUGAAGGAUGGUGAAAGGUUAGACUUGUUAUUAGGAGAUACUCAUCGCUCUAUUCUUACCGCUGGAGAACUGUUCUUCCUUAGAGUCAUUCAUAGUAAAGGCAAUGCCGAUGUCGGAACGUAUCAAUGUUUAGCCUCCAACUAUCUGGGCGAAGCCUACAGCAAUAACGCAACGUUAGAAGUCACGUAUAUUCGGGAAGAGUUUCGACUUGAGCCCUCACCAGCCCAGGCAAUAGCCGGAGAGCCAGUGGUGUUAGAGUGUCAGCCCCCUCGAGGCUACCCAGAGCCUGUAGUCAGCUGGAGUAAAGACGGUCAAGAUGUGAAUACAGAUGGAGAUAGAGUCAAGGUGCUACAAGAUGGCAACCUCAUGAUAUCACAGUCCCGUGCCAGUGAUGCCGGUGACUAUGUUUGUACAGCCAGCAAUCAGAUGGGAUCCAGGAGUACUGAUCCAGUCUAUCUGGCAGUCAAAGCUCCACCGACAUUCCUAAGUCAAUUGCAGGAUGCAGUGAUAGCACCAGGAAAUACCGUUAUCAUUCGAUGUGAGAUUAUCGGUGAUCCUACACCAAUAGUAACAUGGACCAAACAAGGCAGUGAGCUACCUCAUGACAGAUCCAACAUACAAGAUGACAAUUCACUGAGAAUUCGUCAAGUGAGUGAGUUGGAUGGAGGUGACUAUGUGUGUUCAGCUGUCAAUAGUUACGGCAUGGUUGAGGAGGAAAUGACAUUAACAGUCAGUGUGAUUCCCACAUUCACCCAAACUCCAGUGGACAGAACUGUUGAGUUAAACCAGAUGGCGACUUUUCAAUGUCAGGCUACUGGAAGUCCCCCUCCAACAAUCUACUGGAAGAAGAAAGGCAGUCAGGAUGAGCUGGUGUUUACUGGAUUGCAAAGUGGACGUCUCUCCGUGACACAAGAUGGAGAGCUACAAAUAAAAGACGUUACUCAAGAUGAUGAGGGUUAUUACAUCUGCUCUGCCGAUAGUGGAUCAGGCUCAAACAAAGCAGAGGCUUUCUUAAGGGUCAUAGCUUCAGUGAGUCAGCCUCCACCCAUCAUUCGCUACGGACCCAGCAAUCAAACAUUGAUAGUUGGUACUGUAGCUUUAUUAACAUGCGAAACAGCCGGCAACCCUGCUCCGAGCGUACGAUGGACUAAAGAUGGCGCACCACUACAAGCUGACAGUAAUUCAAGAUUCACUGUACUCGAUACUGGGCGUCUUCAGAUUUCAGGAUUAAGUAUAAAUGACUCUGGAUUGUAUAGCUGUGUAGCCAGCAACGAUAGCGGUCAAACUAGCUGGACGGCUAGUCUACGAGUCAUAGAGCGACAUCAAGCGUCUGAUAUUCCUGUAUUACAGGCUCCUAACACCCAUGAGUUGCCUGCCGCACCUAGUCAGCCAGUGGGUAGUAACAUCACUAGGACAUCAUUAAGCUUGAGAUGGCAAGCUCCUGGUCGAACUAGUCCUCCAUUAUCUCCUGUGACUCACUAUAGAUUGGAAUACUUCAGUCAUGAGGUAGCACCAGAAUGGCAGAUUGAACCUGGCCAGUGUGUUAGGGAGUCAUGCCUGGUACAACAACUGCGUCCCGGAACUGUCUAUUUAUUUUUGGUGAGAGCAGUCAACGACCGUGGGAUUGGUCCACCAAGUCCCAUCUCUCAACCAAUCACCACCAGAGAUGACAUGUCUGCUAUACCAUCUGAACAAACCACGGUGAUUGAAGAGAAGUUAGCUGAAGCAAGAGUUGAAAUUACUAACGCUAUGGUACUCAGCCCUACAGCCGUCAAGGUGUUAUGGGAGACGAGGCAACAUCGCGAGUUCAUUGAAGGAUAUCACCUGAAGUAUCGCGCUUAUUCUGGUAGCAUUGGCUUCACUACGCAGACAGUGCUAGGAUCUACUAAUAAGAUCAUUACAGGCUUGGAAGCCGACACUGACUAUGUCAUCACUGUACAACCAUUCAGUUCAAGAUUCAAUGGACCACAGUCUGAACCAGUGCGGGUUACUACCCUCAAUCAAGGUGUUACAUUGCAAGAGUCGCCCAUUGACAACCAAGUACUACAAGCUAAACUGAAUACAUGUGGGACAUCAAUAGUCAGCAUUGAUCCUGUUGGCUCAAACUCGCUCAAGAUCACAUGGAGGGUUGCUAAGAAUGAGUACUACAUUGAUGGAUACCACAUCAGAUAUAGAGCAAUGGAAGAGAGUAAUGCUAUAAUACUGACGGUAACCGGAUCCAACACUGCGGUUAUAACUAGCCUAGCACCGUGGACACAGUAUACAGUGACUGUACAACCAUUCAAUGGGUUAUACCUAGGCCCUCAUAGUACUGAAGGACGUGCUAUGACAGGAUCAGAUGUGCCAAGAGCCCCACCACGCAAUGUGCAAGUGAGAUAUAAUGGUACAUCUGCUGUAAGAGUCAGCUGGCAAGCUCCUCCUGCUAGCACGGUUACUGGCGUGAUUUCUGGCUACUACGUAUACUGCCUCGGUAACACAACAUCCCAACACAGGAACAAGACAACGAAGAAAGAUGAGUUAGCAGUGCGAGUGACUGGGUUAGUGGUUGGUAGAGUGUACAGAGUGGAAGUAGCAUCAUUUACAACGGCAGGCAGAGGACCUCUUAGCUCACCAAAGAGUGUCUACAUCAUGGCAGGUGGAGGUGGUAUGACUGAUGAUGAUAUUGAUGGAGCAGUCAUACCAGACGCUGGAAGUAUUGUUACACAGCCAUGGUUCAUAGCAUCUCUAGCCGUCUUCUUCUUACUUAUCUUGCUGUGUAUUAUUGUCUUUGUGUGGAGGAGACAUGUCCAGUACAAACUAGCUGGUUCUAUUAACAAAGGUCCAAUCAGCAGAGAUAAUGCUGCGGCAGCUCAUAACAUGGGUAUUGCCAGCUCUACACAGUUUAUACCAAGUAACCACAGCAGUGUCCAGAGUAGCUUACAAAGAGGUCAAGGAUGGAUGAACCCAUCACAGCGCCCUCUACCGUCGACGGCUGGGCUCAUGACAGAUCCUUCGGAUCACCAUGGUAACAGAGGUUGUAUACCUAUUGGAUCAGCAUCAUCAUCACUCAGCAGAGCUCAGUACUUGCAACCUAACAAUGCGGCUUAUUGGCUGCUUGAAGCUUAUGAUCCUGAGUCUGGCACAGUCCGGCAGUAUGAGACACAACAAAUGGCUCCUGAUGGCCGAAUGCACCAGUAUCCACCUGACCACUCAUGCUAUGGUGGUGGUCCAGUCUACGCUGUAGUUGACAACGCUGACGAUGACGAAGAAGAUGAUGAACACACCAGCAUGCAUGGACCUCAUUCAUCCAGAACCUUACCGAUGCCAAGAUGUCCCGAGCACGAGAAGCUGACAGCAUCUAAUUCUCUGCCUCAGCAUGUGACUGAACCCUAUGCUUCGACCACUCUCAUCAUGCCUCCUAACGUCAAGGAGUACGAUGUACGGCAACCAUGUAGUCAUAGCGGCUCGUCAGAACAGUCUGCGUGUAGUAAUCAGAGUAGACCUGACAGUAGAGGGCGCCGUGCUGCAGAGGGUGUUUAUAGCAGCAGCGGAGGAUCCUCACAACAAGGUGCACGAGGAAACAGAAAGAAGAACCGUCAUAGAGGAGGCUCCAAACAACAACAACCUGCACGCAACUGGACUGAGUUACUGCCCCCACCUCCUGAACAACCUCCAACUGACAUUGACUCACCUACUGGCACUACACCCUGCCUAGCACCCUGCUCACACGCUCCUACUACUAAUGCACAUAUGAAUCAAGCACCACCCUGCUCAUAUGCGGCUAACCCACACAUGAAUCAAGGCAAGAUACCUCAAGAAAAUGAUCGCAAUAGAAAGAAAGCUCCGACACCACCUAUUAGACAGUUCCACCCUAUAUCUCCCAGUAACAUCACCACUGCAGAUACACAACACACCAUGCCUGGGGUCAUGCUACCAGCAAUAUCACAUAGACCACAACCAACAAACUCGAUGCCUAAUAAACUAGGCAACAAUAGGAGUGGUUCCCCUGCAGAUCGUAUGCAGCAAUCCCGUCACGAUGUACCUGAUAGACCCACAGAGGCUACUCAGUCACAUCCAGGGGGAUCCUGUUUAGCAACAAAGCGGUUAUUUGAGGAUCCAAGACAUGAGCAGCUUGGUAAAGAGUUGUUGGAGUUUAAUGAUGACAUGUCACAGAGUGAGAUACUGUCUGAUAAUGACGAGUCUGGUCCACCAGUCACAUGUAAUACAGGUUUGCUUGCUAAUCACACAGCUCAUGAUUAUGGGCAUCAACCAUUGCCUGAUAGAGGUGAAGAGACUGACAUGGAAUCUGGUAGUAAUUGUACAGAUGCUAUGCUUGGAUCCUGGUCAUCAAUGAAUGGUAGUUCUAGCAGUGGUCGUCAUAGCAGUGUUAGUGAAAGUUCUGAUGGUUCAUUCUUUACUGAUGCUGAUUUUGCUAGUGCAGUAGCAGCAGCAGCCCAGAGUUCUGGAAUGAAUGUUGUGGGCUCCACGGUCACAGAUCCACGAGCAGGUAAAAAACAUGGACGAUCUGGGGGGCAAGGGUGUCAUCAAGGAGACCACAAUGAUCAUAUAAGCACUUCUGCAGGUAAGAAGCCAGCGUCAACAUCUCAAGCAGCACCUGAUAACCACGGUAGAAUGACUACAUUUAAACCAAUACCCGCACCACCUAGAGAUGCUGCAACUACCCAUCAAUCGAAUCACGCGAGGAAAGAUCAUCCCUUAAUCCUUAAAGAUACUAACCAUAGCGGACUAACAGUAACUGCCAAUCCCUUAGCUUUUGCCAUGGAGAAUGCUGAAAUGUAAUUUGAAAUACAUGUAGCUAUUAUUACCGUUUUACCCUUUUUUUUUGUAUUCCAACACUGUACUUUGUAUACUGUACUAAAUGAUGUCCAAGACAUUUUGAUUCUUUACUGUAUUCAUUUUUUUUUUUACCCAUAUACACCGAUGCGUAUACUCGGUACUUUCCCCCGAGUCCUGUGAAAAAACA